AUGAUGUUUACGUCAAAGAUGCCGCCCUCAUCAUCGAUGCUUGCUGAAGUGGGCGUGUGCGCGCCCCGCGUGGAGACCGUAAGGCUUUCCAUUCGACGUUUGGAUGGUGAAGUGCUACUUCUGGAGGUGUCCUCAGACUCGACGCUGCGAGACUUGAAAGAUCGUUUGCGGGAGGUGCAGUUACGGGAGGCGCAGUUUGCCACAGAUGAGGUCACAGUGAGUCUCACCACAGUGGAGUUGCUGCUGCAGGGUGAGGUGCUACAAGACAACAAGGCCACUGUGGCUGAGCUAGGAUUAUCUGAAGAGCAGGAUUUGCAAGUGCUUUAUAGCUUGCAAACCGUGGAGUGUGCGAGCCAAGAAGAAUCCGGCUGUGAGAAGGAAGACUUGCGUGUGGUGGUGGUCCCGGAGGGUGUCUUGGCAGUAGGACUGUGCGCUUUUCAAGGUUGUAGCGCCUUAGUGAGUGUGAGGCUUCCGCAAGCACUCACCUUUGUGGGUGAUUCGGCCUUCCAAGACUGCCUCUCUUUGGCGAAGAUGGCCCUGCCCAUGUCGGUGAGCUACCUGGGCACGGACGCCUUUCGGAACUGCAGAUCUUUAGUCAGCGUGACUCUUCCCGAGUCGCUGACGCGUCUGAGGGAGGGUGUCUUUGCGAACUGCCGCUCCUUGACCUCGGUGCUGAUCCCCGACAGCAUCACCACCAUUGAGAAGGCCGUUUUCCGUGGCUGCAGUGCUUUGCGCAGUGUGACGCUUCCGAGCCUGGUCUCCAGCAUUGGGAUUUGCGCCUUUCAGAGCUGCAGCUGCUUAGACCAGAUGACGAUCCCGGAGUCGGUGACCUUCAUGGGUGCUGGUGCGUUUCAGAACUGCAGUGGACUGGUCAGCGUGACACUUCCAAACUCUCUGACUUCCAUCAAUUUCAGCACCUUCAAGGACUGCCAUUCGUUGGCCACCAUCAACAUCCCGGACUCAGUGGUGGCCAUUGGCCAUAAGGCCUUUGAGAAUUGCCGCUCCUUGGUGAUGUUGACUCUGCCGAACUCCAUCGUCUCUGUGGGUGCCGGAGCCUUCGCCGGCUGCGCACUGGAGAAGGUGAGUUUGCCGGACUCGGUGAAACACCUGGAGCGCGGUGCCUUCGAAAACUGUGGAGCCUUGACACAGGUCCAGGUGCCACAGACCUUGUCCUGCAGUACUUUGAAGGAUGCGGGGCUUGUGAUCUUGUCCUUGGAGUGCAUUGAUGUGGACGUCAACACUGGGCGCCACUCGCCGCUCUUCGCUUGGCUGGUCUCGUCCAGCUUCCUGGCGUGCACCGGUGAUAGUGCUUUGGUGGUGAUGAUGUUGGUCACCACCUUCUUCAUGUGCAUCAUCACCUAUAGCUUUAACACUCCUGAGCGCUACGACUACAUCCGUGUGUCUUUGCUGCCCGUGCGUGUUGCUGUAUCCGUGGGCAUUGCACUGCAAUCGAACCAGCUCUCGCAGUACAUCUCCGUGUUGAUCUUUUCCUAUCUGAGCAUUUUCGUUCUGGUGAUCGACUUUAUCUUGGGAGACUUGUUCCUGCUAUGGGCCUAUCGCUUCCAAUGCUCCUACCGGGUCUUGGACAUACUUCCCGCACGGGUCUUCCUCUGUGCCCGGGAGGGCGCCGCCCACCUGGAUGACGUCCUGGGGCACCGCAUCGGCAUCACCACCGAGGUCAUCGGCUGUGCUUGGGAUAGCCGUUAUUCGCUCAUUGCAGAUUUGAAUGGCUUGAUUUGCGAGCUGCGGCGACCACGCAUGGAAGAGCUUCAAGCUUUGGUUCAGGACUUCCAGGAGAACCAGGAGGACUAUGGCUUCCUCUCCGUGAAGUGUUUCUCCACCGAUCGGCCCAACUUCGCUGCGCUGGAGCAGGACAUUCCUCUCCGCGAGUUGAAUCGCCUCAUCGAGAUCCAUCGUCGACAACAUCUGUGGACGUGGAGAAUGGUGAGCAAGCGCGAUAUGAAGUUUCCGGAGAAGAAGGGGGCAGAGGUCUUGGAGCUGAAGAAGCAGCUGCUGAAACAGACUCAGAGUGAAUGA